AUGAAUGGAACUUCAGAGAACAUUGUUGUCAACUCAUGCGAAUAUACGCCUAUUUACUUGAUUCAAAGUUCUGGCGUCACACAGGCUGGGCCGUAUUAUGUAGCACCAAGCAACCAGGAUGAACAGAAACCAGUGACGGAUAACCUGAAAAGGUUUUACGAAAAUAGCGGCAAUUUAGAAACCUGUUUACUCAGUAGCCCGAAUACCAAGCCGCGGAUUUUGAAGAAACAAAAUAAUGUCGUUGGCAAUAACUUGAAAUUAGCAAGUUUUUUACUACCUAAGACUGAGAAUGUACAAAAUUCUAUACAAAACAUUAGUACAAUUAGUAAUAUUCACAAUGCACAGACCUUGCAAAAGCCUGUACCUAUACCAGCUUUGUCGAUACCAGUAAAUAAUGUUAUUGUGAAACCGGUUGUUACUGCAAUAGGUGAUAAUGGAACUGGACCGAGGGUUGAAAUUGACCGGAAGAUUGUGCGGGUGGGGACUAUACCAUACACAAACCGCAAUCAAUUUAGGACAUUGCCAAAGAUGAAACCAAAAGAAAAGGUAGACCCCAAUCCGUCCAAGCUCACUUCUGUGCAGUUAUUGAAGUUGGGAGAGACAUAUCACAGUCUCAACCAACUCAAUGAGGACCAGAUGAAGAUUGUAAGCAAGGCACUGAAGAUCUUUAGCAAUCCAGAGCAAGCACCAUUGGAACCUGCUUAUGACCCUGUUACCAACACCAAGUUUAUUUACAAGAUUGUGUCCCCAAGAGACCUCACUGUAGUGGGGAAAAAUGGAGUCAUACUUAAGAAAAAACAAGAAAUUAACAAGCUAUCAGAAGUAAAGAAACAGCCAGAAAUAAAAAAACAACCUGAAAUAAAAAUCCAACCAGAUAUAAAGAAGAAACCAGAAGUGAAGAAGAAGCCAGAAGUAAAAAAACCACUGGAUGUGAACCAAAAACAACAAGAAGUAAAAAAGUUACCACUAUUAAAGAAAAUGGAAGAUAUUGCAGAACAUGUAGAAGAAUCAGAACCCGAAGUACCUGCCGAGCCUAAAGUAACAAGGAGUGGCAGAACUGUGAAGCUAAAAAAACCAAUGAUGCCAAGAGAGUCGCCGCAAAAACCUAAGAAAAGAGCCAGCUCUUCUGUUGUGAACUGCUUUCAAUGCUCAGCAGAAUUCUGCAGUUUCUACCGUCUUCAACGACAUUACGAAAGCCACCCAACCCACAUUCCAGCACGGAUCCACACGAACCUCUUUCACUGCCUUGUGGCAAUCAUCAAUGGAAGCUCUAAAGAAGAUCAGGCAAACAUAUUCAUACAGCAAUUGGAACAUUUGAUUGAAAAGUUAAAGUCUUUACUGCCUUGCUUAUUGAAGAACAUCGACGGCUGUAAUGGGAAACAGUGUAGUGUUAAUGACGAUAUUGGCAGGUUAUUUGACAUGAACCCAGGAAAAUAUAAUCUCAACAUGAAUGCGUUAAACUGCAUGAAAGAUAAAGACGGUUACUGCGUUCACAAUCCGGCACCAAAAACUCAAUUCAAUGGAGAUGUUAAUAAAUCUUCGCAACUUAAUCAUAAGGAAGACGUCGCUGUUAGCGAAAGUGAGAGCGAAGACUGUGCUAGAAUAAAUUCUGUUGACAAAUGGCCCAGAGUUAGUAAGAGAUUAUGGAAAUUGAAACAGCAAAAGUCACAAAAAGUUAAUGCUAAAAAAAUGAGACUUAUUUCAGAAAGCGAUCAAUUCAUAGAAUUAGGUGUAGAAGACGUGGUUAUACAAAAUAACCCAGAUGAAAGUGCAAUAACCCUCAACAACACAGUCACAAGGAAUGAUGUAAAUAUACUUGUGGCGGAAAAUGUAGACAAACACAAAGAAGAUAAACAAGAAAUUGUUGAAAUCCCUACCUCAAAUAACCAAAGUAUAAAACCCAAACCGCAAUUUCGUAGUACUCAUUUUGAUAUACGUUCAUCGCCUAUAAAACUCCCGUCGGCUUUGGUGCGCAAAUUCCAACUAGAUCCUCAGAAAGUGACCAAAAUGAGAAGCUUUGAAGUACAAAUACUUAGGCCUUUAGCUUUGGGUACAAAUAGUGAUGGAAGUGAAAAUUGUACACACCAAGAGCCACUACAAACUUUUGAAGUAACACUUGGAGAUAACAACUUACAAGGAGACACAGUAAUGAACGAUGAAUUAACCUACCACAUUCCAGAAGAUUGGGGUAUAAGUGAACCUAAUGAUGAAGCACAUCAUAAACUGUUGUUUGAAUCAAGUCUAGCACACGAAAAGGAUGUACUGGGUUCAACAUCAAUGAACAUAAAAGAGAAAACAUGUUUAUUUGAACCAUCAUCAAAACCGAAUAUUCUUGUAUCAACCAUGAUCCACGACGAUAAGACCAAUGAGUCGAUUGAACCAUCACUAAUACAUGUAAAAGAAAACUCAAACUGUUUGUUUGAAACUUCUGAACCAAACUUAUUGGAUAUGAAAGAGAAUACCAAUGUAUAUUUUGAAUCAUCAGCUAUUCACGGAAAAACAAGUUCAGAUAGUCUGAUUAAUCCAUCAAUGAUACAUGUUAAUGACAAAAGUUUUGAGGCAGCUUUAUCCAAUGUGAGAGACAGAUUAAAUAAUUUAUUUGAACAUGAGAUUUUACAUACAAAAUCUGAAACUUUGAUUGAAAAAAAGUCAAGUAGUACAUUUGAUUCAACUUUAUCACAUGUAAAAGAAAGAUCUAGCAGUCUGUAUGAUUCAGGAUUGAUGCAUAUAAAAGACAAAGAUACAUUGAUUGGACCUUCACUAAUACAUGUCAAGGAGAACAAUGUUUAUAAUUCAAUCUCUCAUAGGAAGGAUGACUUGAUUGAACCAAUGAUUCAUGAUAAAUCCAAUGUAUUGAUUGAUUCAUCAUUGAUGGAUGUGAAGGAUGAUCUCAGAUCUGAAGUUAAUAUACAUGAUGAAAAUGAUUUGAAUACAGGUGAUCCAAGAUUGUUAAGUGAAGGGCAGUCAGUAUUGAACUUUUUAGAAUCUUUAGGCAAUGAACAUCUAGGCCUAGCUUAUCCUGAGACUGAAAUUCGAAACAAUUCAGUUGAUUUCCAACUAGAUCUUUUUUCAUUUAAUGGUUCGUGCUAG